AUUUUCCUGUCAGUAGAUUUUCGUCCGCAAGAUGAAGACGUUGUUUAAUGUGUUGCUCCUUGCGAUGCUCGCGUACUGCCAUUCCCAUCGGAACCGCGAACACGACCACAACCAUGAGCACGACCACGGCUACGGCCAUGGUCACCACCACGACCACGAUCACGAUCAUGGACCCGACACAGUGCCUCCCAUCACAAAAACCGCGUGGGCCGAGUUCCGCGGUGGAUACAAUGUGACGCGUCUCGGACGACGUUUCGAGACGUACCGCGGGAUACGCUACGCCGAACCGCCGGUCGGGGAGCUGAGGUUCCAGCCACCGAAACUGAUAUUGGAGUACAAGAAACCGGUGGACGCGAGUGAAGACGGUCCCGCGUGUCCGCAGCCCGCGCCGCCAGGCUACUACGUGGACGAAGACUGCCUGACCGUUAACGUCUACACCCCGCUUAAGAAGGAUAGGAAGGAACCUCUGCCGGUGAUAUUUUUCAUUCACGCGGGUGGAUUUUACUCCAUGUCUGGAAGAAGCGACUUGGCAGGGCCCCAUUACCUUCUCGAUAGAGAUAUAGUUCUUGUCACCAUUAACUACAGACUUGGCUCGCUCGGAUUCCUAAGCACAGGCGAUGAUCUGGCUCCUGGUAACAAUGGAUACAAAGACCAGGUGGCAGCGCUGAAGUGGGUCCAACACAACAUUGCAGCGUUCGGCGGAGACCCUGCAAGCGUCACCAUAACUGGCUGCAGCGCUGGAUCUUUCAGCGUCAUGUUGCAUAUGAUCUCCCCUAUGUCUAAAGGUCUUUUCCAUAAAGGAAUUUCCAUGAGCGGCUCUCCCAUCAAUAUUCGACCCACUCCGGAUAAUAUGUAUUCUUUGGCUGAGAAACAAGCAGAGCUGUUUAACUGUCCCACUACCAACUCUAAAGCUAUCAUCGACUGUUUGAAGACAAAGUCGUGGAGGGAUCUUGGAAACUCACUACUCGGCUUUUAUGAAUUUGGCUUCGAUCCAGUGGGCAUAUGGAUGCCAGUCGUGGAGAAGGAUUUUGGACAGGAGAGGUUCUUACCCAUCGAUCCAGUUAAAGCUAUCAAAGAAGGAAAAAUGCACGCUGUGCCUUACAUUGUCAGCCAGACUCGGGAUGAGUUCUUCUGGAUGGCUUACACGGUGCUCCGAAACCAAACUCUAUUGGACAGAAUGAACUCCGAGUGGGAGUCCAUAGCGCCCGUGUCCUUUAUGUUGCCACGUGACACCGACACGCCGAGCGCGACGCACGUGCUGCGGACCGCCUACUUGCACGACAAGCCGCUGCGGAACGACGAGGAGAGCGCUAAGAACCUGGGACUACUGUAUCAGGACUCCAUCGAGAGUUUUCCUGUUCACAGAUUGGUGAACUUAAUGUGCCGGCACUCGCCACACCCCGUGUGGUACUACGAGUUUGCAUACAUCGGGAACCACAGCCACUACGAGGACCCUGUCACGAAGAAACCGACAGGCGCGGCGCACCACGAUGACCUCAUCUACCUGUUCACGCUGAGCUACCGCUUUCCCGCCGUGGGCGCGGAAGGCGAUGACGCGCGCACCGUCGACCGGAUGACCGCGCUAUGGCACAACUUCGCUCAGCACGGCGACCCGAACUAUGGGGACCUACCGGAACUAGAGGGAACAGAGUGGCCGCGCGUCCUUCCCGAUGACCGCAACUAUUUGCGCAUCGCCAGAGAUCUCAGUGUGCACAAAAACUUAAAGGAGGACCGGAUUAAGAUCUGGGAGGAACUUUAUCCUCUAACUUAUUAACAAGUGAUUCGCAUAUUUUGUUAUUCAUUUUUUUAUAGAAUAGGAAGGCGGACGAGCAUAAGGGCCACCUGAUGGUAAGUGGUCACCAACGCCCUUAUACAUUGGCAUUGUAAGAAAUGUUAACCAUCGCUUACAUAGCCAAUGCGCCACCAACCUUGGGAACUAAGAUUUUAUGUCCCUUGUGCCUGUAAUUAAACUGGCUCACUCACCCUUCAAACUGGAACACAACAACACCAAGUACUGCUGUUUUGCGGUAGAAUAUCUGAUGAGUUCGUAGUACCUACCCAGACGAGCUUGCACAAAGCCCUACCACCAGUAAAUUGUAUUAUAUGAUUACGUUCUUCAGUGCUUCUAGUAGCUUACACACUGCUGAUUGCAGAUUUUUGACAGUCAAAUGCGUGAUAGUUAUCGUCCAUAUAAUGUAUGCGUUAAAGGUGUUAUAAAUAAAUAAAUAUUUUAAAUACCA